AACAUUACUAUAAAUAAGCCUCUUAGGCCCAAAUCCACCAUUUCAUCAGCCACCAUCAUCACCUUUCUGAGUUCUGAGAAUAACCGAACCUCACUCCGAACCAAAAACAAACCCUAAAUGCGUUAAACCCAAACAACAACAAAACAAUCUCACACUCACACUCUCUUCACUCUCUCUCUCGAGUUCUUCUUCAAUGGCGUCACAAAUGGCGAUUCUCUAUCGCACACGUUCUCUUCUAACAAAAUCAACCAACAUCACCACAUUCAAAUCAAUCUCAACAUUCCCAUUUCUCAAUCAAGAACCCGAACUUGCAGAACCUGUUAAUCCAAUUCCUCCAAAUCCUUCAUCUCUUCCUCCAAAUCCAGCUUCAGGAAGUCCUCUCUACAACGAGAAUUGGCGAAACCCUAUUCCCAAACCUUCAUCUUCAAACGCGGUAAAUCCUUUCGGUCUUUUCACGCGCGCUUCACUCACUGAUACUUACGAUUCCCACGCGCUUCUUAACAUGUUCGGUGAUUGGAUGGCUUCACAACGUUGGCAUGAUGUGAAGGAUUUGUUUGAAGUUUGGGUUAGAUCAUUGGAUAAAAAUGGGAAACCUAAUAAACCUGAUGUUAAUCUGUUUAAUCAUUAUCUUAGGGCUAAUCUUAUGAUUGGUGCUUCUGCUGCUGAGUUGCUUGAUUCGUUAGCUCAGAUGGAACAUUUUAAUGUUUCGCCCAAUACCGCGUCGUUUAAUUUGGUUCUUAAAGCUAUGCAUCAAGCUGGGGAGACUCUUGCUGCUGAAAAACUUCUUGAACGGAUGUUGCAGUCAGGAAAUGAAGCUCUCCCUGAUGAUGAAUCAUAUGACUUGGUCAUUGGAAUGCUCUUUUCAACAGCUCAGAUUGAUGCUGCAUUCAAAUAUAUAGAUUUAACACUGAAAAAUGGCAACGUGUUGUCAAUGAAUUUAUUUAUGAACUGUGUGAGGAGUUGUGUCAAACAGGGAAGGCUUGAUACAUUGGUGGCAAUAAUUGAAAAGUGCAGGACAACAGAUCAAAACAAAGCCCUUUGCCCCUCCUGGAACUUGUGCAUUUUUAUAGCUGAAGUUGCAAUUCGAGAGGAUAAUAGCAAGUUAGCCUAUUAUGCACUGGAGUUUAUGGCUCGAUGGAUUGUAAAGGGUGAACUUGCAAGACCUCAGGUGUUGCUUUCUGUAAAUGAAGGUUUAGUCGUGUCAGCUUUGUUGACUGCAGGUAGAACCUAUAAUUCUGAGCUGCUGGGAGCAGCAUGGGCUGUUUUGGACCGCUCAUUGCGUAAAAAGAAGGUUCCAAAUCCAGAAUCUUAUCUUGGAAAGAUAUAUGCUCUUGCAUCACUGGGGAAACUACAAAAUGCAUUUGGUACUCUCCAUGACUAUGAGUGUGCUUAUGGAGAUUCCAAUCAAGAAGCUGACGACUUGUUCUGCCCAUUUACUUCUUUACAUCCAUUGGUUGUGGCAUGCUCCAAGAAGGGUUUUGAAACUUUGGAUACUGUUUAUUUUCAACUGGAGAAUUUAAGCCGUGCUGAACGUCCAUACAAGUCUGUUGCCGCACUGAACUGCGUCAUUGUAGGAUGUGCAAACAUAUGGGACCUUGAUCGAGCUUAUCAAACUUUUGAAUCAAUUGGAUCUACUUUUGGGUUGACCCCUGAUAUUCAUUCCUACAAUGGCCUGAUGUAUGCCUUUGGGAAGCUCAAGAAGACACAUGAAGCUUCAAAGGUGUUUGAGCACCUAGUAAGUUUGGGUGUCAAACCUAAUGCAAAGUCAUAUUCCGUGCUUGUUGAUGCCCACCUGAUUAACCGUGAUGUCAAAUCUGCUCUGGCAGUGAUUGAUGAUAUGAUAUCUGCUGGAUUUGAACCGAUGAGAGGGACACUAAAAAAGGUCAGAAGGCGAUGCAUACGAGAGUCGGAUUAUGAAAGCGAUCAACGACUGGAGUCACUCUCUCGAUCUUCCAAUUACCGUCUGGGUUCAGAAGCCCGACGAAACAUGCUGUUUAAUCUUGAUUACAGUAUGGAAAUGGCUUGAUUGGUACAUACGGGAGUGACUGUUUCGAAGGGCUACCUUGCAUUAUUUUAUUUGUAAUCCCUCCCUCCCCUUAUUCUUUGGCAUUAGAGGGUUGUAUUUGUCUUGCCACAUUCAUAUCCUUGAAGUUGAAUUGAAUGGUCUUGGUACGAAAGCCACUCUUCAUAUUGAUAUACAAUAGUAUUUCUUCUUGGCAGGUGCACGUGACCUGCCAUUGAUGUCAAAAUGAAUUUUUUUAUAAGCCAAUCGGUAAUUCUUUUGUUGCAUCCAUUUCCAAGAGAAUCCCUGUAUGUAUAUUUAUGGAUUUAUGGAUGAUACUCUGAGGUUUGCCAUGGCAGAUUGAUGCAAGGAAUUUUCGUAUCUGUAUUUAUGUGUUUAUGAAGCGGGAAGGGUGUUUGAAGAUGGAAUUUGCUUUAGGGGUAUCUGAGCAGUGAACUUCCUAGUAUAAGUGUUCUUUGAAAUAAUUGUAGGACAGAUCCAAAAUCAAUAGGAUAGAUGAUAUUAAAGUAGACAUUUCUUUUGUGGUUCUUAAUUUUCUUUUUGGCACUUCCUACUUUGACAACCACUUCUAACGACUAGAAGCUGCAAGGAUUUGGAAACCUUGUAAAAGAAUUACAAUCCUAAUUGUAUGGACCUGUGGUUGUAUUUCUUUCUGCUGCAAAUAAUGACAACAUUUUUCAUUCGGUGCUUGCUUA